AACAAAAGGGUUAAAGGAAUUGCAAAAUAAUUCAAAAUGAGUAGAAAUAAUUCAGAUUCUAAUGAAAGAUUAUCGAUUGUACGAUCACCGCAAGAACGCAAAGAAAUUCUAAGGAAAAUUAUAAAUGAAGCUGAAUCUCUACAAGAUAUGAUUACUGAUAAUACCAUACAGAGUUUGGAAGUAUGCAUGGAACAAACAGACACCAUAAACUCUGAAACAACUCUAGAAGAAAAAUUACAUAAUCAAGAUGAAAUUUUAAUGGACUCAGAAAUGAUGAGCAUAUCUUCCAAAGUUUUAAAACAAUGUACUAGACAUUUAACAAAUUAUGUAAGCUCAUAUAAUCAUGUGGAAUUUGCCCAAAAACUUGUAAAACAUUUAAGGCAACUCUCUAAUGUUCAAUCAGAAACACCAGAUUGGUCAGUUCUAGAAAGAAAAGCUAUAAAAUGUUUUAAAAGGACACCUCACUAUAGCACAUUAUCAGGUUUUAUAAAAUUUCAUGCUAAAAAUUGUUCUUCUAAUAUUAGGUACUAAUGCAUUUUUUUCCCAGGUACUUUGGCACCAUUAGAAAAGAAGGAAAUUAAUAAAAGGAAGUCGGUAGUUAGAGACGUUCAAGCACAAAUAAGAAAACCAGAGAAUAUUACAACAGUUGAUAAAGAAGAAGAUGGUCCAGAACGAACUGUAAAAAUGAAACAAUUUAUAACGAGAUAUUGUAAAACCCACCGGAAACCUCUUGAUUUCUUCAAAUUAGUUCUACACCCAAGUGAUUUUGGAAAAACCAUCGAAAAUAUUUUACAAAUAUCUUUCCUUGUCCGAGAUGGAAGAGUAAAAAUAACAAAAGACGCAUCGGGAAUACUUCUUGUUCAGCCCAGUACAAAAGAUAUGAUGACUCAAGUGACGGCAGGAAAAAUUCCGAACAUUCAAAAUGUGAUUUAUCUAAAUAUGGAGCAAUGGAAGAUGCUGAAAGACACUUAUCGGUUAGAAAAACCUAUGAUUGAAUAUGACGUAUAA